GAGCACGUCACUUCCGUCACAGGGCACUCCGGAACGCAAAGUCGAAGUAGGCAUCCUCUGCUCUCCCCAACGCGGCCACACACCCUCGAUUUCCGCUAUAAAGCCCGGUCUCCGGUCCCCGAUGCCUUCUCGCCCCGCCCCGCUCGUCCACCGCCUCCGCCUGCUGAGGAGCGCCGUCGUCUGCUCUUCCUCCGCGCUGCUGCCGUGCAGCCGCCCGCGCCUCGCCAUCCCCUUCGCGCAGCCGCCGCUCCGCGGCCCCGCCUUCGCCGCCGCCUCGUCGCCGUUGCUCCGCUCGGUCGGCGCCAGAUUCUCGCUGUUCAGCAGCAUGGCCGCCGCCGCCUCCUCUGCCUCCUCCAUCCACGACUUCACCGUCAAGGAUGCAAGUGGAAAAGAUGUCGACCUGAGCACCUACAAGGGGAAGGUUCUCCUCAUUGUCAAUGUUGCAUCCCAGUGUGGCUUGACCAAUUCCAACUACACGGAACUCGCUCAGUUGUAUGAGAAGUACAAGGACCAGGGUUUUGAGAUCCUUGCUUUCCCAUGCAACCAGUUUGGUGGGCAGGAGCCUGGCACUAACGAGGAAAUUGUUCAGUUUGCUUGCACUCGCUUCAAGGCCGAGUAUCCAAUUUUUGACAAGGUUGAUGUCAAUGGUGACAAUGUUGCACCUGUCUACAAGUUUCUGAAGUCCAGCAAAGGCAGUCUCUUCGGAGACAACAUCAAGUGGAACUUCUCCAAGUUCUUGGUGGACAAGGAGGGGCGUGUUGUGGAUCGCUACGCGCCAACCACCUCCCCCCUCAGCAUCGAGCUUAUUGGGUGUGACUUCACUUGCUUGUUGUAUGAUUCUGACUACUGCGGCAGGCAGCACUUACCCGAUUCUGGAGUUGAUCCGGCUGCAGCUGGGUUGCAGAAAACUUCUGACGGGAAGCCCAAGAUCCUUGAUGUUAUUGAUUGUUGCCAAUUUCUCUUGAAUGAUGUAUUUGCCAACGAGUAUGCUCUUAAAUGUAGCACGGGUAGUGGUGAUGUUGACACGUCCAAAGUGGUGAAAGCUGAUGCUGACGGUGCUAUAGUUGGUGCUUCAGGCGCUCGUUUGUCUGUAAAUCCCUCAUGGAAGAACCCUUCUCAAGAGUGGCGUGUUGGCUGCAAACUAGUAUAUGAACUCUUCACGGACACACUUAUAUCUCGAUUGAAGAAAGAAAGAAAAAGGAAAUGGGAUGAAGAAAACCAAGAAGCGAUAUCCAGAGCUCUGAACCAGCUGAACGAGUUUGAAAAGAAGCAUAGUAAGCCUGAUGAUGCUAAACUGAAAAAGGCUCAAGAAGACCUGCAAAACAGACUUGAUUGCCUGAGGAAACAAGCAGAUGGUUAUGAUGACAGGGGACCUGUGAUUGAUGUUGUUGUAUGGCAUGAUGGUGAUGUGUGGAGGGUUGCAGUUGAUACUCAGGGACUUGAGGAUAAGAAAGAUAGUGGAAAACUAGCAGAUUUUGUUCCGUUGACAAACUACAGGAUUGAGCGAAAGUUUGGGAUUUUUAGCAAAUUAGAUGCUUGCUCUUUUGUAGCAAAUGUGUAUGAUGAUGGGAACCUUGUCAGCAUAGUAACUGACUGCUCUCCGCAUGCUACCCAUGUUGCCGGCAUUGCAGCUGCUUUUCAUCCUGAAGAACCUUUGCUGAAUGGAAUUGCACCAGGGGCACAAUUGAUUUCUUGUAGAAUAGGAGAUACCCGCUUAGGAUCAAUGGAGACAGGGACAGGCUUGGUUAGGGCCUUGAUAGCUGCAGUAGAGCACAAAUGCGAUCUGAUUAAUAUGAGCUACGGUGAGCCUGCUCUUCUUCCUGACUAUGGAAGAUUCAUUGAUAUUGUCAAUGAGGUUGUCGACAAGCAUCGUAUUAUAUUUAUUAGUAGUGCUGGAAACAACGGUCCGGCUUUAAACACUGUUGGUGCACCUGGCGGGACUAGUUCAAGCAUUAUUGGUAUUGGUGCCUAUGUCUCACCAGCUAUGGCUGCUGGAGCCCACUGUGUCGUACAACCUCCGUCGGAGGGGAUGGAGUACACAUGGUCUAGUCGAGGUCCCACAGCUGAUGGGGAUCUUGGUGUCUCCAUUAGCGCACCUGGUGGAGCAGUGGCCCCUGUGCCAACAUGGACCCUUCAGUCUCGCAUGCUCAUGAAUGGUACUUCCAUGUCAUCUCCUUCUGCCUGUGGUGGGGUUGCUCUCCUUGUUAGUGCCAUGAAGGCUGAAGGCAUUCCAGUAAGCCCUUAUACUGUGAGGAAGGCAAUCGAGAAUACAGCUUCAUCUAUAAGUGAUGCACCUGAGGAGAAACUGACAACAGGACAUGGGCUUUUGCAAGUUGAUAGGGCUUAUGAAUAUGCGCGGCAAGCUAAGAAGUUGCCACUUGUUUCUUACAGAAUCUCAAUCAGUCAAGUAGGGAAGUCAAUUCCAAAACUAAGAGGAAUAUAUCUACGUGGGAGUAAUUCAUGUCAACAAACGAGUGAGUGGACUGUUCAACUUAACCCAAAAUUUCACGACGAUGCGAGUAAUUUGGAGCAAUUGGUUCCAUUUGAGGAGUGCCUGCAGCUGCAUUCCACUGAUAGCUCUGUUAUUAAUAUUCCUGAGUAUAUAUUGUUGACAAACAAUGGGCGCAGUUUCAACAUUGUCGUCAAUCCUGUUAAUAUCAGUAGUGGCCUUCACUACUAUGAAGUUUAUGGCAUGGAUUGCAGAGCACCAUGGCGUGGACCCAUUUUCCGAGUGCCAAUCACAAUAAUUAAGCCUAUUGCUCUAUCAGGAGAGCCGCCAAUAUUGUUACUUUCCAAACUGUACUUCAAGUCAGGUCAUAUCGAAAGGAGGUUCAUAAAUGUGCCAAUUGGGGCCUCGUGGGCGGAAGUUACCAUGCGCACAUCAGCCUUUGAUACUCCUAGAAGGUUCUUUUUGGAUACUGUUCAGAUGUGUCCACUGAAGCGACCUAUCAAAUGGGAGUCUGUUGUUACUUUCUCGUCACCAUCUAUCAAGAAUUUCAGUUUUCCUGUUGAAGGUGGCUUAACUUUGGAAUUGUCUAUAGCCCAGUUCUGGUCUAGUGGAAAUGCUAGCCAUGAACCUACCUGUGUUGAUUUCGAGAUUGUGUUUCAUGGAAUUUUCAUUGAUCAGAAAGUAAUUGCCCUUGAUGGUAGUGAGUCACCUAUGCGUAUUGUUGCUAGAUCAUUAUUAGCAUCAGAAAGGCUUGUUCCUGUUGCCACUCUGAACAAGAUCAAGAUACCUUAUCGACCAGUGGAUUCUAACUUUUGUCCGCUUCCCACCAGCCGUGAUAGAUUACCCUCUGGCAAGCAAAUUAUUGCACUGACUUUGACUUACAAAUUCAAACUGGAGGACGGUGCUGAAGUAAAGCCCCAUCUGCCCCUACUUAACAACAGAAUAUAUGAUAAUAAGUUUGAGUCUCAGUUCUAUAGAAUUUCAGAUUCAAAUAAGUGUGUUUACUCUUCUGGUGAUGUCUAUCCUAGUUAUGUCAAACUUCCAAAAGGUGAAUACACACUGCAAUUGUACAUAAGGCAUGAAAAUGUGCAAAUCUUGGAGAAGCUGAAGCAAUUGGUUCUAUUUAUUGAGAGAAAACUAGAGAAGAAGGAUUGCAUUCAAUUAAGUUUCUACUCUGAACCUGAUGGUCCUAUAACUGGAAAUGCCGCCUUCAAGUCCUCUGUUUUAGUUCCCGGAGAACCUGAAGCAUUCUAUGUGGGUCCACCAUCUAGAGAAAAACUUCCGAAGGGUGCUCCACCUGGGUCUGUUUUAGUUGGCUCCAUAACCUAUGGUAUAGUAAGCUCAUUCAACAAGAAAGAUGAACAGCAUGCUCCAGCAUCUUAUAGCAUUUUGUGUAUCAUUCCACCAUCAAAGGUUGAUGAUACUAAAGAAAAGGGGGUUUCAGUUGAAACAGAGAAGAGUAUUUCUGAGAGGUUAAAUGAUGAGGUUCGAGACACCAAGAUAAAGUUCCUUUCGGGCCUUAAACAAGACAAUGAGGACAACAAGUCUGCCUGGACUGAGCUUGUCGCUUCUCUUAAGUCUGAGUAUCCAAAAUAUACACCUUUGCUUGCCAAAAUUUUGGAAUGUGUACAUCAGGAAUCAACCUCUGAUGAUAAAAUUAGCCAUCACAAAGAGGUUAUUGUUGCAGCUGAUGAGGUCGUGGACAGUAUUGACAAAGAGCAACUAGCAAAACUUUUGGUUUUAAAACCCGAUCCUGAGGAUGAAGAAUCACAGAAAACUAAGAAAAAAAUGGAAGAAACACGAGACCAGCUAGCAGAUGCACUAUACCAAAAAGGUCUUGCACUGGCAGAGAUUGAGUCGUUAAAGCCUGAUGAGUCAACCGAGGCAUCUGCUAAAGAUGUUUUUGAGGAGAAUUACAAAGAAUUAAUUAAAUGGGUUGAUGCCAAAUCUACAAAAUACGGCACUCUGACCGUUCUACGUGAGAGGCGCUGUGGAAGAUGUGGCACGGCACUCAAGGUUCUAAACGACAUGAUUCAAGAGGACUCUGAGCAACCAAAGAAGAAGUUAUAUGAUCUGAAGAUCCAGCUGAUUGAGGAGAUAGGAUGGGCACAUGUAUCGGCUUAUGAAAAGCAGUGGAUGCAUGUCCGCUUUCCCCCAUCUCUGCCUCCCUUUUAAUUGGGUAUGCUUACCAUUUAGUCUGGCAUCGGUAGGUUCAGUACUUUGUGUCAUUGUUGGAUGCAACAUUUGUCAUUUCAGGGAUCUUCCAUUUGACAUUUCCAUUCUUGAAAUGGUAAUAAGGCAUGCAAGCGCGGCCACAUUGGAUUA